AUGUCCACAAUCAGAUUACCACCGACAUCUACACUUGGCGACAUUUUAUCAGAUGAAGAAGAAAUCGCCAUUUGGCAAGACGUUUCCUACGAGCGCAGUGGUCAUCUGGAGAGCUCAAACUAUCCGAUGGCAUUUGAUAGCAAAGAUACCGCAGAUGGUAUCGGAAUUCAUAUUGACUAUGGAGCAAACAGUGAGCACAGAACAAGCAUAGGGGAUGGUGUUCUUCGUUUGGUACGAGACGCUUGUAAUCACGCUGUAGGAGUUGAUCUGCUUGUAAUGAUCGCUUACUUGGGCAUUCAGGGAUUGCAUGGUGGCGGAACUGGAAGGAUGCUUACAAGGAACGAGGCUUCAACAGAAGUAGUACCCCCACCAGAAAACAAUUUGAGGCCACAACAACGAUGA